AUGACCAAGGUCUCUAUCAUCCUCACACUUUUCAACCUCGUUUCCUCCAUCCUGGCAUUCUGCUACACCCAGUCCCCUUUAUACCCACCUCUAUCUUACAACUGUCAGUCCUUCGAGGUAUGGGACACUCUCAGCGAAGUAGAAGCAUCGCUCUCGGAUUUAGUCCGCAAUUCCAACAACCUCAAUACAACAUCCUAUUCAAUUGAAAUCACCUCAUCGCAGUCCACCUUAUGGUCGAUGUUCCAUACCGCAAAGGACAAAAAUCUCACACGACCUGGAGUUAAGAGAGUUGACAAGAACAGCCGCUAUCGUAUCGCAAGUAUCACCAAGGUCUUCACCGUCCUGGGGUUACUCCAACAGCAUGCUGCGGGGAACCUGUCCCUCGAGGACACGGUGGACAAAUACAUCCCUCAACUUCGCAGCUCGCAUCACCACAGAACUCCUAGUAUCCAGUGGGACCAAAUAACACUCCGAUCCCUGGCAAGCCAAUUCUCUGGUAUCCCCCGCGACUGGGUCCCGGACCCCGACGUCGUCCACACAACUACAGAAUGCGAUCUUAAGCCCUGCACGGCAGAGGAAUUAAUCGACAACUUAACAAGAAGGUCUGCCUUGUUUCCCCCGAACACGAAGUCGGCGUAUUCAAACCUUGCAUUCGACCUCCUCGGGCUCGUAUUAGUGAACGUCACCGGCACCACAUACGAAGAAUAUAUAACAACCUCGAUCUUCGAUCGCCUGGGAAUGUCUCAGACAUCCUUCGUCAAACCACCGGACAAAGUGUCCGUGCUUCCCAAAGGCAAUGCAUCGUUUUUCGACGUCAACUUGGGCGUGCAGAAUCCCGCCGGCGGAUUAUACUCUUCUUCGAACGACAUGUCAACUUUUCUCCGCUAUGUCCUCGCCAACUUCACAGACAUUGCGGAUGGAAAGCUGAAUUGGCUUCUACCUGUAUCCUUCACAGCUGGGAUGGGGAGUUUCUACGGCAUGCCGUGGGAGGUUUACCGCACCGACAGAAUCCUCCUCCUGGACGAUAAGCGGAGGACCAGGACAGUGACCUUCUUCACCAAAGGCGGUGGUCUCCCCGGGUACAGAACUCUCAUCCUCCUCGUGCCGGAAUUCGAUCUGGGUAUCACGAUUUUCACCGCCGGAAGCGACACAUUCCUCGAUGUAGUACAGGAAAUUCUCACCGUUCCACUGAUUCGGGCGGCUGAUGAGUUUGCUGCUCGGCAGGUUAAGGAAACAUAUGUGGGGAGAUACACUUCCCCAUCUACCAACUCUUCGUUAACACUGAUCUACACAUCAACCCAUGGCCUCGAGAUCAGCGAGUGGAUUUCAAAUUCUACAGAUGUGCUGAGCAUCAUAUUCAACCAAUUUCAAUACCUGGGGAACGCACAAUUACACGCUCAGUUGAUUCCAUCCGGUCUCUACAGAGACGAGGAGGAGCAAGUAGGAGAGAUAUGGAGGAUUGCAGUCGUGAUGGAUCCGAGGGCGCCCCCGGAUCCAGUUUUAGGGCGAUCGAGCGAACACAAGACUAACGCUGGCUUAUGGUCAGGUUCCACCCGCGUUUGGGAUGAAUUCUGUAUUACUGAUGUGGAUAAUAUAAUGUAUGAGGGAAGACCCUUGAGCGAGGUUGUCUUUUGGGACAGGGACGAGGAGACUGGCAUGUUUGAAAAGGUGGAAUUGACCGCCUUGAGGAUCAAUUUGACUCGUGCGGACCAGAUGGAAGAGGGAGGGAUAAUGGAGGGACAUCUGAUCAAGCAGGAACUUUGA